AUGGCCCCACAGCUCAUUGCGCGCGAGGAGGCCAAAGCCGCAAUCCUUGAGUACAUCAAGGGGGUCUUGUCACAGGAAGAGUACUACUGGGAACCCGCGUCAAGGAUAAAAAAGUGCGCCAUCCUGACGACGGCCGGCAUUAAGGGCACAGGCAAGACUCGAGUACUUCACGAGAUGUGCACGAGCUGGGUGUGCGAAACCGGGGCGAAGGCGGCUCUGAUUGUGGACUUCAAUGGGGGGAGCUCUUGGGACCGCAGCAAAGCUGCAACCGAAGUGUUUUCAAAGCUCCUCCUUCAGCAGUCAGGCAUGCCUGCGGAUAAAGCAGAAAAUUGCGCGCGGGUUCUUCCAUGGAAGCAGGUGAUGCAGUGUUUGCGGGAGAAGCUGAACUUGGGCGACGAAGACCUUCUGCUGGUAGGCAUCGAUGAGAUUCGACAGUUGGAGACCCUGGCUGGCAAAGACGGGGCUGUGCAACUAGUAUCCGACCUCAUGGGAGUCCAGGACGAGUCCCUCCUCCAAACAAGCAGCUGCCCUGUAAUCUUCGUGUGGACAUCGCUGCUUGAGAGCUACAUGUCGAUGCUGAUGAGCGACUCUGGGCGCCGCAUCCUGCCAACGAUCUCGUUGAGGGGUUUGCCACUUGCAAAGGCUUUGGAGCUGCUGCCCAGCGACCUUCGCGAAGCACUGGAGAAAGAACCAUUCGGACGGCAACUGGUGCGACAGCUGCUGGGUCAUCCGCGGUUGAUGUUCGAUGCGUUGAUACAGGAGUACUCCAAGCACAAGCCUCCUCGGAAUCCACUUGCAUGGAAUCAACUUCAGAGUGACAUUGUAGCUUAUGCCAAGCUCGGCGACCGAAAAGCCUUGGACAGCAUCGAGGUGGCUCGCUGGUAUUCUCCUCUCCGUUCCACAACUCAAUCAGGGCUUGAAGACCUCUGUCUGCGUGGUGUUGUUCAUUCCGUGCGAUGUGGCAACAGCUGGAUCAAUAUCCUUCAUCCCAUACUGCUGCAACUUUGGGCACGGAGUGAGGAAACCAGUCUCGCAGACCAGAUCAACCAGAUGUUCGAGCAGGAUGCGAUCAUGGAGGCCACGCACGAGAAGAAGCUUGAGGACAUUAUGGUGCACUUCGACUGUGCUGUGCGCCUGGCGUUGGGCGAGAACAACUGCACACUAAAACAGCUGUUCCCUGGGGCAAGCUUUUGGUCCGAAAGGGGCGGUUUGCCGAACAUCAUCGUCACCUCCACACAGAAUGUUCUUGCACCAUUGGAGUAUGUCGAGUCCUUCGCAGAUGUAGAGGCGGUCUUGGAGUCUCUCAAAAACGGUAAGAUCGUCGUGUCCAAGCUGCGCAACGAGCCGGGCAUCGAGUACUUGAUCCCGUGGAUGGUCCCGAAUCAGGAUGACCGGAGGCGGAUUCGUGAUUUGAAGCCGCCGUGCAACAAGACAGAGUCAGCUUCUCUCCUCGUUCUUGGCAUCCAGACGAAAUGCGUCCGCGAGAAUGUCCCGAAAUGGGCCAGCGUUGCAAAGUCAGCACAGGAGGCGCUUGCUGGCUUCCAAAACCACCCGGAUGUUCUUGGAGCCCUGCCCGUCUUCUACACCACCGAGGUCCGUGUUGAGACUCCCCCAAAAAAUCUCGAGAUUCCCAGCAUCUACUUCAACGAAGUGGGGCUCGCAAAACUAUUGUUGCAGCGGACCGGUCCACUGCGGCUCUUUUUCCUGAAGCCCGGUAAGCCGCUCGAGAAGAUGCUGCCGGACUUCUUCGAGAGCAAAAGAAGUGCAUUGCAUGCAUAA